AUGGCUCGACUUGUGAUAUGUUUUUUUCUGCUCGUGGGAUCUGUAUUUGGACACCAUGAAAAAUAUGAAGGGCAUCAACUUUAUCGUGUGUCGGGGCCAUCAAAUGAAUUUGCUGCAUUAGAAGCCAAACUUGACUUUCUCUCAAUAAAGCCAGCAAUCUCCUCGAGGAGCGGUCAAUUAGAUGUCCUCUUGAGAUUGUCACCUCAAGAAAAAAAUAUCUGGCUUCAAUAUUUCGAGGGCCGAAAUAUGCAUUACCAAUUAGUUGCCAACAAUUUAGCAGACAUCCUACGAGAUGAAGAAGCCAAAAUUAAUCAUCUCAAAUCCAGAACGAAGAGCGAUAAUAGUUCUAUGUCAUGGGAACGAUACUAUGGAUACCAAGAAAUCAAUGACUACUUGGAUAGUCUUGCUGAGCAAUAUCCUGACGUCGUAACAGUUAUAAACGCGGGUUUGAGUUACGAAGGAAAACAGAUCAAAACUGUGCGAAUAUCCACCACACGUUUUGAAAAUCUGAGGAAGCCCGUAAUUGUAAUUGAUGCUGCAGUGCAUGCAAGGGAAUGGGUGACGCCGCCCGUAGCUCUCUACCUUAUCCAUAAAUUAGUUGUUGACGUCACAGACAGAGAUUUAGUUGAAAAUAUUGACUGGAUAAUCAUUCCUAUGGCCAAUCCUGAUGGAUACGAAUACUCAAUUAAAGAAGAUCGAAUGUGGCGUAAAACACGUUCAAUGGCCCACGAAGGCAGCGCGGAAUGUCCAGGUGUUGACGGCAACCGUAACUUCGAUCACUACUUCGGAACCAGUGCAGCCAGCUCAGACCCUUGUACAAUCGUCUACGAAGGGCCCACGCCGUUCUCCGAACCAGAAAUAAGAAUAAUCAGAGAUGCUGUCUUGACACACUUGGAUAGAAUCCCUAUGUACAUUUCCAUUCACAGUUUUGGCAACAUGUUCCUAUAUGCUUGGGGAAAUAAUGGUACUUUACCAUCAAAUGGUCUAAUUCUGCACGUAGUUGGUGUCGAAAUGGCUCAAGCUAUUGACAAACUUAAACUGGAGAAAGCUGAUAGCUACGUCGUAGGAAAUGCAGCUCAAAUAUUAUAUUUCACUACUGGUACAUCAAGAGAUUGGACUCGUGCAGUUGGCAUUCCUCUAACAUACACUUUGGAACUCCCUGGUUAUGAAUAUGGCUUUCUUGUACCUCCAGAAUACAUAAAACAAAUUGUUACUGAAACGUAUGCUGGUUUCGUCGCUGGAGCGCGUUCAAUGCUCAAAUAUUACGGUUAA